CAGUGAGCAAGCCAAAAAAAGCAACGAGCUGCUCUAGUGGACUUAUGUUAAUAUAAUUCAGAGAAAGGGAUCUUAUAUCACUUCAUUUCAAUUUCUUUAAAAUGCAUCAAAUUCAAGCAUUAUCAUAAAAAGUUUUAAAACUGAUUUAGAGAUCAUACAGCUGUUAAUAGUAAUACAGUGGUCAGUGGGAGGGUCUGAGUUUGCUGUGCUGUACUCAAAGCUAUAUAAACUGCUGUACUGUAGCAAGACGCUUUUGAUUUUUUUUUGUAGUUGACAGGUGGUUAGGUAUUCCCCGUCGUAGCUCAGUAAUCUCAGAAGGAUAUUACUUAAGUGAUAAGUGUAGACUCUGCCUUUAAGUCUGCUGUCUGACAGCAUCUCUUGCUAUGAACCACCUUCUGAUAACUGGUGUGCCUGGUGUCGGUAAAACGACUGUGGUGCAGAAAGCCCUGGAGCAGCUCAGCGGAGUGCCGGCGGCGGGGUUCGUGACCGAGGAGGUGCGCAAAGACGGCCGCCGGAUCGGCUUCGACGUCAUCAGCCUGGGCGGCGAGAGAGCGCCGCUGGCGAGAGUCGGUGGUGGCGGCGGCGGCGGCGGCGCCCGGCGGCCCAUGGUCGGGCAGUACGCUGUCGACGUCGCCUCCUUCGAGCGGGUGGCACUGCCAGCGCUCUCCGCACGAGCUGCUGGUGGCCAUCGACUGCUGGUGCUGGACGAGAUUGGGAAGAUGGAGCUGCUGAGCUCCCGGUUCCAGAGCGCCGUGCGCGCCGCGCUGGACCCGGCCGCGGGUGUGACGCUGGUGGCGACCAUACCGGUGGCCGGAGGCCGACCGCAGAGCGGUCUCCUGGCCCAGCUGCGCGCCAGGAGCGACGCCCGCCUCUUAGAGGUCACCCGGGAGAACAGAGCCGCCGCUGUCGGGGAGGUGGUCCGGUUCGUCAGGGACAGACUGGCGCGGAGCAGCGAGAGCUAGCGGGCCGGACACUCGGGGAGGAUGCCUAGGAGAGGCAUCGCAUCGCAGUGAUGUGUAUGACAGCUGCGUAUUACUAAUAAUUGUGAUAAGUGCUUUGCUGUGGUCCGGAGAGGAACGGACAGGAGACCUGCUCACUGCCCAGUACUUUUGUAAUCGUUUAUCGUUUCAAUGGCUUCCAGUGAUUUUCCCAAAGGGAAUAAACACUGCAAUACCAAUUUAUUGAGCGCUGGCGCGCGGCGACGGAAGACAAGACUGAGAGGAGUACUGGAGCACAUCGCAGCGUCGGCUUCCAUAGGAUACAUACUCAAGCAAGGCUAGUAGUGUGGAGUAGGACGGCUUUUCAGGCUUUGCUCCGAUCACAACUCAUCCAGGCGGGGUGAGGGUGGGAGGGAGCGGUCACCAGUCACACCCUCUUCAACGUCUUCAGUCCUGAGCAACGUAGCGACAAGCGACAAGAGGCAUUCGCAAAGGUCGUCAAAAUCAAUAUGAAGACAGCACUUCUGUAAUUUUCAGGUUGGGCCAAGGUUCAGGUAGCCUAACGUCGAUAAGGUCAAAUUUCCCGAUCUUGACGUUCUUCAGCAGGGAAACAGUACUAGAUAGCUUCAUUUGACAAUGGAUGAGAAGUAGCACGUGAAUGUGUUACCUCUUACAAUACCUGAACACUAAAAGUAUCAUACAUACAACUUGUAUUCGCAUCACGAUGCCAUCGUAACCCGAAGUUUUCCGCUGACCCGAGCAACUAGCAAGCGGUCUCGCACAUGUUAUCACAGACAGCAAACACACAUCAGCUCUGCUGGCAGAGUCCCAGACAAUAUCAGAAUCAACGAAACACACUAUUGGACAGUGAACAUGCUAAAAAUAAAAUAUGAUUCGCGUGAAAACGUUGAUUUGUCGCCUAUCAGUUACCCAGCAACUCGCAUCUCGCUUAGAACCCCUCAUUAAUCUGCAGAUACGAGACUGAACAUCGAGCUCACAAACAGACUGCUUUUUGUCAGUACUACCGCACAGUUAAUCACCGUCACAUUUGGGUAUAUGAUAAAUGUUAGCUCAACAUGCUGCUAUGUCACAAACUAAAAUAGUAUUAACGACAUUUGUAACAUGAUUAUAAGACAUGAAUACUACGUCAUCACAUUAAAGAAAUGUUUUU